UUUGUAAGAACACGGAGUAAUUUAAGUUCUAAAAAUAAAUAAAAUAAAUAUAUAUUUUUUAAUUGUUAACGAAUUAAGGGUAUAAAUCGUGUUGACAAUGUUUGUGUUAGCCGAAAUGAAAGACACGGUGCGUAUUCCCCCUUGGCUGUUUCAUUUAGAGCAAAACAUUGCUAUCGAAAAGGAACUAAAUAGAAAAUUAGCUAAUAAGGUGAUGAUGAAUGUUGGUUUAUGCAUUGCAUUGUUCGAUAUUACAAAAUUAGAAGAAUCGUACAUAUUUCCUGGAGACGGAGCAUCUCACACUCGAGUUCAUUUCAGAUAUAUUGUUUUCCGCCCAUUUCUGGAUGAAAUAUUAGUAGGAAAAAUCAAAAACUGUAGUCAGGAUGGAGUACACGUGACAGACUCUGACUCGAGCUCUAUUAGUUUUUAUACAGAUCUGCCACCUGAUGAUAUCUUAAUUCCCGCAGACUCGCUACAGCAUCCUUCCCAAUUUGAUGAGGUAGAACAAGUCUGGUUCUGGGAAUAUGAAAGUGAAGAUAAUAAACACAAAUUAUUUAUGGAUCCAGGCGAACAAAUCAGAUUUCGCGUAGUGGACGAGACGUUCGUCGACACCUCACCCAGCGGACCAGACAUGAACGAAGUCGAAGAAAAGGAGAAAAGAAUACCCUAUUCUUUAACCGGAACCAUUGCUGAGUCAGGAUUAGGAUUAUUGGCUUGGUGGACUAAUUAACGUAUUCACUUCUAUUGUGAUAUGUAUGUAUGUAUAUAUAUAUAUGUUAAAUUUUUAUUUAAAUGGAAGUAACUCUUACAAUAAAAGUGGAU